UGUAGUCAAGAUGAAGAUGGGUUGGAGCUGCUAGAUCCCUCGAGCAUUGUCUCCAGGCUACGCGAGUGUAAAUCUCUGGAAGGUGUGAAGCGGCUUGACAAUCACAUUGUCAAGUGUUUUCCGGAGAACAGGCACCUGGCGAACAUGUUGGUGCUAGCAUACGGGAAGUGUCGCAGUGUCAGUGACGCAAGGAAGGUUUUUGACGGGAUUGAGGAGCCCAACGUCUUCUCCUGGACAGUUAUCAUCGCUGCCUACGCUGAGAACAAAGAUCACAGGGAAGCAGUACAGUUCUUCCGGAGGAUGAAUCAGGAAGGUGUGAGGGCCAACCAGGUGACGCUUAUCACGGUUUUGAGCUCUUGCUCGGCGAGCUUGGAUCGUCUAGCCGAUGGAAGAACAGUUCAUGGGUGUAUCACUGGGAGCUCGUUUGAAACGUAUCGGCCUCUCCAGACAGCUCUCGUCAACAUGUAUGGGAAAUAUGGGCGGGUGAGAGAAGCAAGAGCAGUAUUCGACGGGAUGGCGGAGAGGGAUGUGAUCACUUGGAGUGCUAUGAUCACAGCGUAUGCCCAGGGAGGACACGGCCGGCAAGCUUGGAGCAUGUAUCACGGGAUGAGCCUGGACGGUGUGAAGCCGAACGAGGUGACUUUCGUGGCUAUAUGCGAGGCCUGCUGCAGCUUUCCAAGUUUUCUGGAGCGAGAAGCCUUGGUCGAGCAUGUCUACGAGAGCGGCUACGACUGCUACACCAUCGUCGGGAACUCCAUCGCCAACAUGUUUAGCAAGUGUGGAGAUCCGAGCUCCGCCAGACAAGCUUUCGAUCGGAUCCCACGCAAGGACGUCGUCUCGUGGAGCGUCGUGAUCUCGUCUCUCACGCAGCACGAGCUCGCAGACGAGGGGCUGCUGCUGUUCAGAGCAAUGCUCGCCGAAGGCGUGGCUCCCAACCAUGCCACGCUCGUCAACUGCUUGGAUGCGUGUAGCUUCUCCAAGAAUUUUGGAGAUGGGAGAGUGGUGCACGGGGUGGCGAAGUCACUGGGAAUGGAGAGUAGCAGUCCCGUUGUCGCGACCGCCGUUCUAGACAUGUACUCUCGCUGCGGGAGCCUCGUCGACGCCAAGAGGAUGUUUGAGAAGAUUUCCAGCCGGGACGUGGUGGCGUGGACAGCCAUGAUCUCGGCUUAUCAGCAGGAGGGUCUCUCGGAUCAAGCAAUGAAGCUGUUCCGGAGCAUGGAUUUGGAUGGAGUGAGGCCGAACGAGGUGACUUUUGCCACGGUUCUUCUCAGCUGCUCGAGCUUGGAACAGACAAGGACGCUGCACGAGUGUAUAACGGGGACAGAGUCGGAGAGGGAUGCUGUUCUUGGGACCAGUCUCGUGAGCUGCUACGGGAAGUAUGGGAGCUUGGAGGCAGCAAAGUCGGCUUUUGACGAGAUGCCGGCGAGAACGGUGGCGAGCUGGAACGCGCUGCUCACGAGCUACGUGAACGCUGGCCGCGGCGAGGAGAUUUUCGAGCUCUUUUGGAGGAUGGAGCUAGAAGGAGUGAGAGGCGACGAGACAACGUUCAUGCGGCUGGUGGCGGUGUGCAUGGAUCAAAACUCCCUGGCCAGAGGGAGGAUGAUCCACUCCAGGAUUGUUGAGGAGGGACUAGAAGCGAGCACCUCGGUGUCCAACGCGCUAAUAACUUUCUACGGCCAGUCCGGGAGCCUGGCGGAGGCAAGCAGAGUUUUUGGAAGGAUGGCAGCGGCGACGCUUAUCUCCUGGACUGCUAUCAUCUCGGCUUUCGCUCAGCACAGCCAUAGCCAGCGAGCUCUCGAGCUCUACCAGCGGAUGGACUUGGAAGGGAUCAAACCGGACGACGUGACUUUCAUCACCAUCCUCUUCGCUUGCAGCCACUCUGGGAUGGUGGAGGAAGGCCGGCGCUACUUUCUGGCUAUGGUGGGCGAUCACGGGAUUGAGAGCUCUGUCCAGCAUCUGGAUUGCUUGGUGGAUCUCCUGGGGCGAGCUGGGUGGCUGGAGGAGGCGGAGAAGCUGGCGAGAUCCAUGCCGCUGGGGAAGAACAGGGUGGCGCUCACGGCGGUGUUCGGAGCUUGCCAGACCCACGACGACAGCGAGCGCGCGGAGCGGCUGAGCCGGGAGAUUGAAUUUCGGGCGUCGGAUCCUGCGGGCUGGGCAGAUCUAGACCGUUGGUGGGUCUAAAGCUCCAGAGAAAGUUUCGCAAAUAUGCGUCGAUGGAGCACAAGAUUUUGCCCGUGUGGAGCAUUGUGGAUUAUAGGAGCACUGUGGAUAGCUUCCAGGGUUGACGAGCAGCAAAGCAAAUCUUCGCGGGCUUUUAGAGAAGAUUUCGAGAGCUGAAAGGGCGAGAUGAAGGAGCACAUUUCAAGUUUUUCCAGUUUGCAUCUUGAGAGUUAGGUCCUUAUUCUUUGCAAGUUCUUAUUCCUGUAGAUUUUAUCACUGGCUUGCUUUCUCCA